AUUGUGAUCAUGACCAUUCGACUAGAAGUAAACAUGAGUAUCGAUGUUAGUUGUUGCCUUUUGUGCUAUUCGGCUGUGGUCACAAUUAUUGCUUUACUUUACGUCUUUCUGGACGUGAACUAUUUUAUAAGAAUCGCUUUUACUCUAGGAUGGAGCAAAUUCUUUGAGAAAAAGAAGAAACUUGAGGAUGGCACUCAUAUUUACGGAGUCUGCACAUCACAGGAUGUGGACAUAUUCUUCUCGCAUAUGAACAAUGCCAGAUAUAUUCGAGAAUUAGACUUUGCAAGAUUUCAUUUUUACUUUGUAACAGGGUUAUAUGACCAAAUAAAAAAGAAUAAGGGGCACGUUUUACAGACAGCUUCAAACAUUCGGUACAGAAGAACAAUUCCUUGGUUCAAUACUUACAAAGUUACUACAAAAAUUGUUUACUGGGAUGAAAAAACAAUGUACAUUGAACAACAAUUCGUUACUUUACACGACAAUUUCAUCAGGGCUGUAAUCCUUAGCAAGCAAACGACAAUUGGUUUGAAUGUGCCAGAGCUUAUGGCAAAACUGACUGGUUGUAAUGUUAGUUAUAGACCACCCCUUCCUGAAGAAUUAAAAGAUUGGUUGUCGUCCAUAGAAAAGAGUAGUAAUAAAUUGAGGAAAAAAGAAUAAGAGAUUUAUUAAUAAUUCUUGUUAAUAAAUUAGGUUUAAUGUUUUUUAAUAAAUUAUAAUAUUUAUUUU